AUGCCGACUCAGACAGUCAGACGGCGAGAUGUCGCUUCUACAUCGACGACGUCACCAAAUCGAACCGUCGCCUCGAUACAAGCCGCAUCGUCAGCAGUCAAACCCACAAGACCAGCCGCACUCGAACGCUUGCAAUCCGGAGGCAAUGCAGCGUCGAUUCUGCAAUCGUCUGCGGUAGCCGCCAUGGGAUCCAUGCGAACGCUUUCGUCCAUCUCUUCCUCCGAAACGUCUCUACAUCGCAUCUUACCUAAACGAACGCUCAAGAUCGUGCUCAUCGGCGACGGAGGAUGUGGCAAAACGUCGAUCCGAAACCAUUUCCUCUCCAACACCUUCUUCCCCUCGUACCGCGCGACAAUCGGAGCAGAUUUCAUCACGAAAACUCUUCCCAUCGACCCUUCCAAGCCGGAAGGCGAGAAAGCAACGUUGCAGAUCUGGGAUACCGCCGGUCAGGAAAGAUUCCAAUCGCUAGGAUCCGCGUUCUACCGAGGCGCUGAUGCGGUAAUCAUCGCUUUCGACGUGACCAAGGGCGACCAAGCACUGGAGAGGGUCAAGAUGUGGUACAACGCAUUCAUGCAAAAGGCACCGGGGCCAGAGACGGACGAGCAGAGGAAGAGAUUUGUAUGGAUCUGCGCUGCGAACAAGGUGGAUCUGAUACAAGAGGGUGUCGUGCAAGGUGUAGAGCGAGACAAGGUGUGGAGUUUGCUGGAUGGAUUGGAGCAGAGAAAGGAGGGGCAGAAAGAUUGGGGUGAUGUGGUCGAGACAGCAGAGGUACCGAGUGGUGCUGAGGAACCAGCCAACCCGCACGAGGUGCUGUCCAGGCCUGACCCGAAUGGCGCACAGCAGGUGACGACGCCAGGCAGCUCUCGCAUCGCAAAGGUGGAAAUGGCUGGUGCCAAAGGAGAGCCAACGCCGAUAUCGCUAAAGAAGCUCGGCUACCUUGCGAAUGGAGACUCAUCACCGACGCCAGUACCGGCAAGACAAAGGACGUCCGACUACCGUUUGUCACGAAAAUCGCUUUCUUCGAUCGCAGCUGCUGCUGCGAGAUCGGCGCAAGCAAAGGCGGAUAGCGACGCCGACGACGCAACAGCAGAUCAGAACAGCGGGACAGUCAAUACCGUGUACGCUACGCCGUACAACACUAUGACCCACGCAGCAACACUCACCGCUUCACCUGCGGCUGAAUCCGAUCUCGUGUUCGGCCCACCGCUCGCAGAAGGCGUCUCGGCAGGUAUAGGAAGUGGAUUUCUGUCGGGCUGGAUGAGGACCAAGUCAAAAGCUUCCGGUCAGAGCGGCUCCGGUACGCCGCGUGGACGGGGUCAUGCAAAGCGGCAAUCGAUCAAGAGUAUCGAAGUGUUUCAAACGAGCGAUCAGGAAGAGUCGGACCAUGUGUCGGACAGCAGCACCGGCGGUGCAAGGUCGGGCAAAGUAGCGUUUCCUGGCUCUUGCUCCACGAGGGUGGCGCGGAGCAAGAGUCGGGUACAGGAGACUCCACCGAGAAGCAUCCGUGGCACGGUCGUAGAGGCGAAGGAUAGGCAGAGGGUGGAUUCAACCAUGAGCCUGAACGCUCCUUCGGUGUAUCAUACGCCUCGCGGGAGUACGUUUUUCAGCGUCAGUCCCACGCCUCGGACCACACUGGGGAUUGGUGCGUCAGAGGGCAAGCAGAGCCAGAGCCGUGGCGAUGCGGACGAUGAUGGGAGCGUCAAACGGCUUAGUGUGGGUUCUUUCAACUCGAGCGUACUUGCAGGCGACGCGCCAGGGUUGAGAUACAGACCCUCUCUCGCCUCGUCCACGCUCUCGGUGGCUACCACGAUCAAACCCACUGCUUCUCGGCGUCCGCAUCCACCGCAAAUCAGCACAGCUGCCACGCACACGCUCAAAGCACCCAAAUCUAUCAACGACCUCUUCCAACCCCAAUCGCCCAUAUCGCCAUCGCCUCCACACACCCCGUCCACGAUCUCUCUUCCCAUUGAACCUGUCGCGCCCUUACCCGCACCUCUCCCAGACCUCCAAGAACCAGAACACGGCUUUACCCUCUUCUACACGUCAGCCAAGACGGGCAACAACAUCGAGCGCAUGUUUCGCCACAUCCUCCACCGGAUCGUCUCCACUAGCACAUACAUGGACGCGCAGCAGUGUGCAGCUGCAAACGCACACUCGUGCGAGGACAGACACGACAGGCAGCACCUAGAAGCCGAGAUCAUGAGGAGAACCAUUCGCUUGGCUAGCGGCAAGAACCCCAACGAUCGCUGGUUCACGUGCUGCUGA